AAAAAAAAAAAAAAAAACCCUAAGUUGAUUUUUCGUAGGAGAGAUGAUGGGGGGAGAUUUGAAGAGAGAUUCUGAUGGCGAUUAUGAGAGAAGAGCGAGCACCGUUGCUCAGAAGACUUGUGGUCCAAUGAGGAGAUCAACUAAGGGAAAUUGGACACCUGAGGAGGAUGCUCUCCUUACCGAAUCUGUAAAGAAGCACAAUGGCAAAAAUUGGAAGAGCAUAGCAAAGCUUUUCAAAAAUCGGACAGAUGUUCAGUGCCUCCAUCGAUGGCAGAAAGUCCUCGAUCCAGAGCUAGUUAAAGGAGCUUGGACAAAGGAGGAAGAUGACCUCAUUCUUAGCCAAGUUAAGGUUCAUGGAACUAAAAACUGGUCGGUCGUUGCAAAGUCUUUGCCUGGUCGCAUAGGCAAGCAAUGUAGAGAGAGGUGGCACAAUCACUUGAACCCUGCAAUUAAGAAGGAUGCAUGGACAAAGGAUGAAGAAAAGGUUCUAAUUUGGGCCCAAAAUAUGUAUGGCAAUAGAUGGGCAGAAAUAGCCAAGCACAUACCUGGAAGGUCAGAUAAUUCGAUAAAGAACCACUGGAAUUGCUCUCUGAAGAAAAGGUGUGAUCUAACAAAUGUAACCAUUUCUCACAAUUUGAAAAAUUACUUGUCAGAACCACAACCCCAAAAAUCAGAUCGUAGACCUCUCGAGCCAAAACAAGCUUCAGACUGUUGUUCUCCAAAUCUUGAAGUGAGUUCACUUAGCCAAGCUUCUUCUAUCAUUGAGAGACAAGAACAGAAUGGAUCACCAUCAGAAGUGUUAUGCACACAUCAAAACGAUGAAAAUACAAUUUUUUCAACGCCCCCUUCAGUUUCAAGCAAAAACUUUUCGACCCCAGAGGCUAAUUAUCAGCAAGCUCACACCCCAGUUUAUAAUUCUACAACAUCCGAUCUUUCAGUAAGUAUUAGUUCCUCUCCAAUCAGCUUUCUAUCGUCUUAUGUACGGAGCGCUGCAAAGGACUAUGAACUACCAUCUAUCUUAUCAAGGCCAAGUCAACAUAAAAGAGCAGUUGAUGAAAAUGAUUCUGUAGGUGUUAAUCAUCCUACUCCCAAAAGAGCUAAACAUGAUAUAUGGAGCACAGAAGAUUUUUCUAAUUUACCUCGUGAUUACCUUAGACUUGGACUCCCUGGUUCAACUGAAUCCAUUCGGAGACUGGAGCCCGAGUUUGAUUCUGUGUGUGAUAGCGCAUCACAACAAUUGUAAAGAAUGAAGUGACUACUGAAGUCUUACAGUCAGAUGAACAUAACUAACAGUGCUAGAGAAAGCUAGGUUCUCAUCAGCAAGUUCAUGCAAAGAUACUAUAAAGUCCCUGUCACUGCAUCAAACCUCCGAAGUCGUGACGAAAUUUGAGGUUCAUACUUUUAUAUUCUAACAAAAGCUAAAUUGUUGUUUCUUUGGAAUCCAUUGUCAUAGGAAAAAGCAGAUUUCUCUCUUCGUUUAGAGUUUGAUGGGCCAUGAAUGUUUUCUGUGAAUUAGAAAUUUUUUUGAUCCUUUUACCUACUUUUAGUUCAAGUUUUUGGUGUAUAUAUACGUGCUUCAUUAUUUAUGAUCAAAUUAGUGGCG